AUGCCUCUUAAUACUACCGGGGCUGUGAUUCGAAUGCGUCUUUUCAUCAUUUUCCUUGCCAUCGCUUGGCUGGCCCUCGCCGGUCUUAGUUCGGCCACUCUACGCUUUGCGAUCGUCCUGCGAGACCACGCGAAAUCUGACCUCGUCAACUCAAGCAACUCUAUUCUGGAUAUCACAUUCCAAAGCCUCAUGGAUAACGUUGUCGUGAGCAUGGUGGUUGUGGCCUUGGUCUCAGCCCUGUUUUCCAUCUUUGGGUUUGUCCUUGUGAUCUAUCCGAAGUGGCUACAAGAGGAUUACACCGCUCGAUUCUACUACAUUUGCAUUCAAAUCGUUGUGAGCUUGAUCGUUCUCUCCUUGGGGGGUUAUGUGGCCAGCCACGUCCACGGCUUUCAGACAUCUUUCGAGUUUUUUGACAGUGCGAGCCAUUUUCCAUACUACAAGAUUAUGUAUUAUGGAGCAGUUGGCCAGGCCAUGUUCGGUGUUCUAGGGGCCAUUUUGUCUUUCCUACGUCUUGUCUUGCGUGGCUUACGCGAUCGCUAG